AUGCCAGAAAAACGUGCCGAGACCAAAAUCGUGAUUGCAGAUCCACAAUUAGUUCCUCCAACAAAUUCAAAUGGAAAUCCACCAGUACCUGGCAGAAAGUGCGACCAAAAAUUAAUGAUGUCAUUUCACUCGGCGGUGAAGAAGGUUAGAGCCGCUGCUAAGCUAAAAGAGUCGUUUGACUCGUCUGAAGUUAGUGUUGACGGUUGCAAGGAAGAAGGGUGUAGGUUGGAUGCGGACCGACACUUCAAACAAAUCGUCAAAGCAAUAAACGGCGACGCCAGCCACUCUCACCUCAUUUCAUGCGAGCACAAGAAAGAAGUGUAUACAAUGACUUUCAACAGCAACUCGUUUACCCUUUUACAGGGCGCUACAACUUUGCGCCGCCUUGACGUCAUGAAAGACUUCCUGAAGCUUAUUCCAGAGGUGGAUGUGAACCAAAUCUCAGCGGACAGUUUUGGCGAGACGGCCUUGCACCUGGCCGCACUGGCAAACUUUGAGGAAGGUGUGCGUCUACUGGUGGACAGCGGCGCAGUGGUGGACGCCCUGGACGCUCACGGCUUCACACCACUGCAUCAUGCAAGUCUGCACAAAAACACGGAGGCGGUGCGGGCGCUGAUCAGGGCCGGCGCCUCGCUUAAGCGAACGGCGCCGCGCUACUUCGACUUUUCGGCGCUGUCUAUGGUGCUGCGGAAGACGCCAAAGGCAGUAGACGCCGUCAACGAGCGCCUCGACGCGUCAAUUUCUUUUUCCCAAGACGAGAAGGACGAUGACGGCGACAAAGUGACGUUGGAGUUUGACCUGCGGGAGUGGCAGUGCGAGGACGGGCCCGUUUCGCUGCUGCACGUGUUUGCUAAGGAGCACGACCUUGAACACCCCUUGCUCCGUGUCCUUCUUGAGGAAAACUGGAGACGCGCCAAAUACAUUUACUAUUGGCGGAUAGGGUUUGGCAUCUUGUUUCUCGCCAGCAUCGCAGCCUACGUUUACACCAAGGGCGAGCCUCAAUGGCAGAUAUACCCACUGCUCACGCUCGCCAUUUGUGACUUUGUGAGGAAGGCGGUGAGCUUUGUGUCUUUCGCCAACAGCCCCGCCGCUUUUAAGUUCUGGAAAACACUGCUCACCUACCUGCAAUCGUUUGAUAACUAUUGCGAGAUUUUCUGCUACAUAGGCGCGUGGGCCUUCUGGCGAGGCGACCAGGAGCUCAAGGACAGUAUCGGCCCCAUGGUUUUCUUGGCUUGCUGGUUUAAAUUUAUCGUUAUGAUCGGUGAAUUCCGCAUGUUUGGCUUGUAUAUCGACAUGUACUACUUUGUGCUCAAGUCGUUCGUCAAGCUGAUCCUUUCUUUCGGCGUCUACCUGCUCGGCUUCAUUAUCUGUUUCUGCAUGUACUUCCGGGACGAAGAGCACUUUUCCUCCCUCUUCACGGCGUUGGUCAAAGUGGCCGCCAUGAUGGUCGGUGAGCUGGAGUACGGCGAUUUGUUCAAGUCAAUUUCAAGGCAGAACGGGACUGAAGGCUCCUUUGAGGUGCCUUGGCUCGUCGGCGCCAAUGGGUUCUACAGCGUUUUCCCGCUGGCCUGCAUUUUGAUCUUCCUGGUGGCGGUUCCCAUCGUUCUUAUGAGUCUGCUGCUCGGUAUUGUUGUGCAGGACGUGAACACAAUCAAGAACCAGGCGCACUCGUUCCGCCUUGCGAGGAAAGCCGAGUUGGUUGAGUACUGUCUGAUCACCACCGCACACGUGUCCAGGUUCCUUAAGUCUGGUUGCUGUGAUUCCAAACCGUGCUGGUCGUUCUGGCGCUGCAUCAAACCAGAAAACAAGCGGGUGCAGGACAAUGGUAAAAUUGUAAGCAAGGAGUAUGCCUUUGAUAAUGAGGAAUUGCCAGUUUACAUGCAUGACGCGUAUGAAAUAGCAACUAGAAAUUCGGUGCAUGACCAGUAA